AUGGGCGACAAUAGAGCUGAGAAAAAGCCCCAAUCACCUUCACCAAAGGUGAUGGCAUUUCCCAAUUUCGAUGCUGAAUUUGUUGAAGGAUUAGAUAUCACAGCAGGGGGAAGACCGUCGCAACCCACCCGACAAGUCAGUCAUUAUAUCCGUAAUGGGAAUUUCCAGCCGUCUUACAACAAUUACUCAUACAACCGAACCUAUGAGUCUCCUCGGAAUCCUCAAGUGGCAAAUGAAUAUCAACAGGCUUACCCAGCAAACGGUUUCGCAGCCAAUUAUCAGUCUGCCCCCUACGGACCAAGCGCUCUGAAUAUGAGCCCCCCUCCACUCACUUAUCGCUAUUCGACUAGCUUCAACACCCCUAUCACCAAUAUUGCCGAUCCAUCGGAUUAUUUCGGUUAUCAUCAGGUUGCUGGUCAGAACUUCGGAGUUUCUCCCCAUGAGUAUCAAAGUGAAUUGCAAAAAUUCAGGCAAACACCUUCAUCAUGGACGCCCAAUCCUUCCACCCUCUCAUUCGUCCCAUUGUCUCCGUCAGCUGUUCUAAACUUGACUAGGCCAUCAUCGCUUCAAGGACUUCGUGGUGCUCCACCAACCGCUCCAAGAGCAAUGCUCGUUCUUGGCUCAUCGCCACGUCAACUAAAUCUCGAAGACAUCCAUCCCCGCCCAACGGGACGAAUAAGUCAAACUCGACCGGACAAGUCUCGCAAAGAUAUCGUUAUCACCUCUGCCGGUGUCCUUCGAAAUGUCAUCGAGUUGAGGGAAAUGAGAGCGCCAGCUGGCCAGAUCUAUGAGGAGGAUACAGGAGCGUUUGGUGCUGACAAGUACAAUUUCGCUGAGCAUCUUGAAGACAUGAACGAAAGUGCAAGAAUGUCAUUUUUUGACCAAAAUUUCAUUGAAAUCGAGAUUGACGUUGCUGCUAUUGAAGCUGAAGCUGAAGCUCGGGGGGAGGUUCGGCUUUUUGAUGCCGCUCAAAACGAAGAAAAUGACUUUAAAGAUACGGAACAUACACAUGGAAAUCUAGCUUUGGAAGUGGAGCAGCAAAAGACUGAUAAAAAGGCACAUGAAACGAAAAGCUUUGGGGAGCAGGUUGAGAAAGGUUUCGCGAAGCUCAGCGUUGAAGAUCAGGGAAAGAAAAUGGCCGCAGGACCAAGUAGAGAGAAAUAUGCAACGAAAGAUCUUGCAGCACAAAAUACCUUCAAAAGCACUGCAGAAAAUUCCGAGCAAGCCAGCAAAAAUGGCGUUGUCACAAAGCAAACUGCCCUCACCAACAUCACACAAGGCAAACCCGAAUCAAACCAUCUCAAACCAUCCACCUCAACCUCACUAACCCAAUCCAACAACCUCUUCAUUCCCGCCACCUCCCUCUUCGACGCCAUCACCAUCCUCGGCCCCUCCUUCCCAAAAGAAGCAACCACCCUCUUCAUAACCAUCAAAUACCCACCCCACCCCACGCAUCCCCCCUCCCACUUCCCCGUCCUCCCCCCAACCUACACCCAACCCGACAUCCCCAGCUCCCCCACCGGCGCAAUCGACACGCAAUCCACGCCCCUCUUCCGGCACAUCUCCGCGCUCGUCGACGUCCUGCAAUCCUUCACCUCCCUGAAACGCCUGGAUAUCACGCUCCUGAACCCAGCCAACACGCCAAAGCCCCUCACCGUAGCGCAGCUAGACCAUGUCUUGCCUUUCUACGACCUCGAGAGCUUCAUGAAGUGGAGACUCUGGUGGCGCGCCGAGUAUAUGAGUCAGCCGGAUCAGGUUAAUCAGUGGCCGAUUGCGCAUCUGAAUGGGGAGUGGGGCAAGAUUUGUACGUGGCGGGAUAAAGUGCUGGAGGAUGAGGGAUAUUGA